UGUUAUUGAUGUUUACCAGUGGAGUGCCGGCCCAGCGCAGCCAGGAGGGAUUUUACCAAAUUGGAACCGUUUAUCAACGCUGUCGUAGGAGACAUACUAUACAUAGAACUAUUUCUUUUUCUUCAGAAGUGACCACUAGCCAUAACUUGUUCAGGCAGUUCCCAAGAAUUCCUUCCUGAAGAUCAAUCCACACCUCUGUGUCCUGAGUGGUGUGAUUUGAUAGCUGAAAAUUUACAACAAACAUCAUAUUUGAAGAAACCUAAAAACCACAUUCCUGUAAGAGAUGAAGAUUGCAGUACUGCUAGCAACAAACUUCAUAUUUUUGUUGACAGUACAUCAUGUAUCUGCUCAAUGGGAUGUACGAGAAUCACCAGUUAUCAAAGAUACCUUUCCUGACAAAACAUUCUAUGUUAACCAGAAACUUACAACCUUUUGGCAAAUUAACUACCCAUGUGAAGUCAGCAAGGGAAAACCAGAACCUAGAAUAUUCUGGGAGUGGUUCUUGGAUGGUACCUAUCAAGGUAAAAUUGAUUCAAAGACUGGAGAUCGAGUAUUAAACGGCACUCGUCUGUCUCUUAAAAAUAUCAAUCAAAAUGAACGCUACCGAUGUGUUGCUGAGAACAAAUAUGGUACUGCUUUGUCAAAGAAAAUACAUAUUAUCCAGAGUAGAACAGCAGAAUUUGACAUUGAACAGAAAAUUGCAUAUACAAUAGCCAAAACAGCUGGUGAAAAUCUAGUAAUGAAGUGCAGAUUGAUAAAACAAGGGCAGCCAAUUGGUAGUUUUCAUUGGCAAACAAAUGGGAAAAGAAUCAUUGAAAAUAAACGUGUCUACACCAAUGAAGAGGGUAGUUUAAUAUUUACUUAUGUGCAGUUAAGUGAUUUGAAUUCCUACACCUGUUAUAACUACAAUCCAAAUCAGGUCACUACAAAAGCUGGAGGAUGGACAAAUUUAACAGUGAACCCUCUUCUCUCAAAUGCUCUUCCAAAUGAAGCUCCUCUCAAAAAGUUGUACAGUACAAAUUCUGGUUCUAUUGCCAUGUUUGGUACUAAGUUCAUAAUUCAAUGUAUGUAUGGUGGCAUUCCAAUCCCUGAGAUUAUGUGGGAAUCUCCUGUUGCAGUGCCCCGAAAUGAGCCAUAUCACACAUUGGUGAUAAACAAUGUUACAGAGGCUCAUAACGGCUGCUACAAGUGUAUAGCUACGAGUGUUAGGACUGCUGAAACUGAAAUAUGCAUUGAUGUUAGAGGUCCUCCUAUUUGGGUUAUUGAACCCCCCAAUGAAAUUACUGUUACUGAAAAGUCAGAUGUGGUGUUCCAUUGUAAAGCAAGAUCACUGAAGGGAGGAAAGGAAUUGAAUCCGCCUGAAUGGAUGAGAAAUGGAAAGCCCUUAUCUCUACGUCCUGGAGGAAUGAUAAACAGACUAUCAUUGUCUUUGGAUGGUUCUUCUCUCACCUUCUCAGAUGUCAGGAAGAGCACUGAUAUCUGCAACUUCCAGUGCACAUACAAAAAUGACUACGGAGAAAUUUUUGCUGAUAUUUCAUUUAAUGUUAUAUUAAAAACGGAAAUUCUGAUGGCUCCUGAGAACCAGGUGAUUUCCAGAGGAGACGUUGCUGUAUUUCCUAUUGAUUUUAGGGUUGAUCCUUUAGUGAAAGACAAAACAAAACUCAUCUGGAAACUAAAUGGAAAUAUGAUUGAAACUUUUGCUAUUGAAGAUGUCAGGAUCUUGCAAAACUGGACUCUAAUAGUCAACACAUCUGAGAUGGAUGAAGAUCGUUUUAAGAUGUUCCUUGGCAAUUAUUCAAUUACGAUUAACAACAGCAUUGAGGUUGUUAUAAAAUAUGCCAUUUUAAAACAGAAUCCUGCAACAGGUGGAACCACCAUGCAAUCAGCCGGUCUCGAUGCUAAGUGGAUUGCUCUUAUUGUAGCUCUUGUCCUCUUCUUUAUCAUCUUCAUCCUUCUCCUUUGCAUACUCUUCAACAGACAAAGUGGCGAUAACUACUCUGUUGAUAAAAAAGAACGAAAAGCCGGCCAUAACCCUGAAAAAGAACUUGCUGACAGUGGAUUUCAUGAUCUACCCCGCACAGACGAUGACCCUGGCCUUAAGAAACCUGACAACCUAUCUAUCUCUAGCACUGGUAAGAGUAUCGCCAGUGAUACGGACAGCAUGGGAGAGUACAGCGACAACGAUGCCGGCAGCAGAUUCAAUGAGGAUGGCUCUUUCAUUGGCGCUUACCAAAGUCAUGAAUCAAAAGGAAAUGAGUCUAAUGUCUAGAUAAUGCAACAUCAGGCAAUGAUGCUGACCAACACUUCCCUCUCUUGACUAGACCGUAAUGAAAAAUAAAGAAAUAACAAAAGAAACAACCAAUUUCCAUCUGAAAUCUAUUCUUGCUGUCUUUCAGUCUCAACAAAGCGGCGAUGAUGAAACUUUCCGUCAGACUUGUUCAAACAAAAAAAAAAAAGUGAGAGAAAAUUAUAAAACAAAUAAAAACAAAUCAAAUUUAACAAAAAUAUACACACACACAAAAGUGAAAAUAUAAAGAAGAAAAAAUCUUGAGGAAAAAAAAUGGAAAGAAAAAUUAAUUGCUUGGAUUGGGGAAAAAAAUUAUAUCUGAGAUAUAUGGCUAUAUAUAUAUAUAUAUAUAUAUAUAUAUAUAUAUAUAUAUAUAUAUAUAUAUAUUAUAGAUAUAGAUAUAUAUGCAACAUGCAUUUAUUACAUAUAUAUGUAUAUAUACGUGUGUGUGUGUGUAUAUAAUUGAAUAAUAUAUAUAUAUUUAUUAAAUUUGUUAAAAAAAUUAUAUAUACAUAUAUUAUUUCAUAUGCACACAAAAUAUAUAUAUAUAUAUAUAUAUAUAUAUAUAUAUACACACACAUACAAACAUUAUAGAUAUAUAGUGUGUGUGCAUAUAUAUAUAUAUACAUAAUAUAUAUAUAUACACAUAAAUGCAUUAUAUAUGUAUAUGUGUGCAUGUAUGUGUGUGUGUGUGCAUACACACACACAUAACCACAGAAAAGCAAAAUGUUGAUAUUUCUUUCUCAAUUUUCUUUUUGAAAUACCCAAUUCUGUCACUGCAUCUGCUAUUGUAAGUCUCCUGUCACCACCAUCCACACCACCCCCACUGCCACAGCUGCUACUACUACCCCCUCUCCCUUUUUACCAGUUAUUUGAGGAAACCAAAAUAUCCGUCUUUUAGGAGCCUCCCCACUUUUUCUUCUACAAUUUAAUAUAUUGUAAUUAAGAAAAACACUUCUCUCCUAUAUAUUUACAUAGAUCUUUACCCUUGUAUUCUCUUGGUUCAUAGAAAUAUUCAUAUAAAUUAGUUUUUGUCAUUAAGUUGUUGGCCAGACCAACACAAAAUUCAAAGCUUUGGCAGCAAAUGCUUCUAAUUUCCCAAAUUUCUUGUACUAUUUAUGUGAGAUAGCCCUUACUGGUAUUAUUAGCAUAAUGGGUGAAGAUGAUAAAAACUUGAACUCCAUUCUCUGUUAGUUCUGAAGUGUGUGGGUUGGGGGAAGGUUACUCUAGGAUUCUAUUUGCCAAACAAUAGAAUUGGCUGUUUCAUUAACUUCAUUAGGUUUAUUACUGUUUCACUGCAGUAAGAUGUUCAUUGCUGCUUCCUACAGUAAGAAGAGCUGUUCACUGCAAGAAGAGAUGUUUAUUGCUGUUCACUGCAACAAGAAAGAUGUUCAUUGCUGUUCACUACAGUAAGAUGUUUGUCAAUGUCCACUACAGCAAAACUGUUAAUUGCUGUUCACUACAACAGGGGGUGUUCGUUGUUUAAAACAACAGGGAGAUAUGUUCAUUGCUGUUCACUGCAGGAAGAAAUGUUCAUUACUGUUUACAACAGGAAUAAAUGUUCAUUUUUGUUCACUGCAUUAAAAAGAGAUGUUCAUUGCUGUUUGCUGCAGUAAGAAGAGAUGUUCAUUACCAUUCACUGCAACAAACAAUGUUCAUUACUAUCCUCUGCUGCAACAAGAGAUGUUCAUUGGUGUUCACUGCCAUAGCAAAACAUGUUUAAUGCUGUUUACUGUAACAGCAAGAUGCUAUUAUACUACAGUGAAGACAUCCUCCAGUCAUUGCCCGCGUUCUCAAAAUAGUAGAGAGGUGAGAGAUGGGUGAUAAACUGGCUUUUACUGUUUGUUUUUUGUCUUUGGUGUUGGAGUGAAAGCGCUUUCUUUUUAUUUUCCCGGAAAUCCCUGUUCAUUCACUAAGCCCAACAUCCAGCUCAACAGCCCCAAAUUCCCUUGGACUACUGACUAGUUCAGUCAGACAUGAAGGUUUCAUUCCAUGUAUGUAGUGUGAUGAUGCAGUGCAAUGUGGUACGGUAAGGUGUGAUGCAGUGCAGUGGCAGACUUCUUCAUUUAAUGUGUGUAUAUGUGUGUGUCUAUAUAUAUAUAUAUAUAUAUAUAUAUAUAUAUAUAUAUAUAUAUAUAUAUAAUAUAUAUACAUACAUACACACACUCACACUUAUGUGUAUACAUAUGCACACGGGCACACUCAUGCAAACAUACAUACCUACAUACAGACACACAUACACUAUACACAUAUACCUAAACAAGAAAAUGAUUUAGCUAACCUCAGCACAGUCAAUGGCCAGCUUAUACAGUAUGAUGAUGAUGACAAGUGUUAUUGUUAUUAUUACUACUAAUAGUACUAAGUCUAUCUUUUUAUAGAAAUGCUGAGGUGAGGGGGAGGUAACUACAAAAAGACAACCAGUGCAAAUGGACUAACCCUGUAGCUGUUUACAGUUCAUUCCCUUGUUUGGGACCUGCCGCCCCCCCCCAAGUUUUGCUUUUUUUCUUCACUGGUUUCC